AUGCAGCCUGUAAGCUUUAAAGUACUGACUACUAUAUCUCCAGUAAUAAUUAGCCCAGUAAAACAAACAGUGAAAAUACACUGCCUACCUGAAAAAAGUCGACUGACCGUUGCUGCCAGAAAGCAUGAAAGUGGCUACAAGCAUAACAAUAAUAUAUCCUGUAUCCAUGAGUUGAUGGAUGAUCUAAAGGGUCCACUAAGAAAUGCUCAGGCUCUCUGUGACCUUGAGAAUAGAGGUCAAAAUAGAGUUCAAGUUGAAAAGGAUGUGUAUACAGAAUCUGAUAGUGAUCAAGCAUUU